AUGGUCCCGGAACGCUGCUCGCGCCGCGGCACGUGCAACGAGGAGCUCGGUCGCUGCGACUGCCCCGCGGGGUUCACGGGCGACGCCUGCGAGGCCGACGCCUUCCCCUCCUGCCAGCUUGCGCCGGGCUUCCGCACGCCGUGCGCGUUCCCCUCCACAUGCGCGUGCGCUCGCGAGUGCCGCGCGUUUCACCUCAUCGGCCCCGGCGCGGUGUGCUUCAACGCCUCCCCCAUCGCCUCCGCCAUUCCGCCACGCUCGCUGGCGGACAUCUUCCGCGCGGAGGUCCUGACAGUCGGCGCAGCGGAAGGGGGGAGUGAGUCGGAAUGGACGAACCCGGUGAUGGCGGAGGGGGAAGCGCAGAAUGGCUCGGGGAACGGCGCGGUUUCAACCGCCAUAGUGUCUGGGGGAGCUUCCAGCGGUCCACGUGGCCAUAGCAGAUUGCACAGCAACGAUCUCCCCGCGCUGCGUAAGAGCUCGCGGAGAUGGGACGGGGGGCGCAAUGUGCGGUGGAAAGGAGCGGGCGCAAGGGACAUGCCAUCAGGAGGCGGGCGGAGCGACUGGGGAAGCGCUGCUGGCGUGGGGGAAACGGAUCUAGGGGGGAGAACACAGGCAGCGCGCGGGCGAGUGGCGGGCGGAGCGCAGAAGCAGGUGUGGGCGCAAUACACGUGGCAGUUGCGGAAGCGAUACACAGACCCGCGGGAGUGCCCCCUGGGGUGCUCUGGUCGCGGGCUGUGCCGUGACGCGUCCAAGACCAAUCACUCUGUUCCCUCUGUUGCUUCCCCCUCUUCACCUCUCCCUCUUUCCCGCCCGCCCUGUUUCUCUUCCUCCUUCCCCGCCUCCCGCACCAGCUGCGCGUGGCGCUACGCGGGGCCGGGGUGCGAGGAGGAGCGCGCGGGGGGCGUGCGGUGUGUGAACGCGUGCAGUGGGCGCGGCAGGUGCGACGGUGGCAUGUGCACGUGCCAGGCUGGCAGCUUCGGCAUCGACUGCUCACUGUCGAUGGAUCCCAGCACGGGAAACAUAAGAUGGCCGCCCCAGUUCCUGCCCUUCCGGGCGGGGCUACAAGACAAGAAUCCCACCCCAAAAAUCUACGUGUACGAGCUGCCGCCUGAGAUGAACACGUGGCAGUGGGAGCAGUCGGGCGCGCUGGAUCGCCCCGAGGGGGUGGUGUUCUUGGAGAGGCUGCUGGCGGAUGGCCGGCGCACAGCGCAUGGCGAGCAGGCGAACUACUUCUAUGUUCCGCUUGUUACCAGGCUGGAGCGAGCUGUGGUGCUCACGCCCUGGGGGUAUGAGGGAGCGGUGGCCGGGGCGAGAGGGGCCGAUGACAGGAUAGGCAGGGCAAGGGUGGGGAAAGGGGCGCAGGUGCAGCAGCAGUGGGAGCAGCAGGGGCGUGGGCGUGGGGGGGUGUGCUUCAUCCCCGGGCAGGACGUGGUGAUCCCCCCGCUGCUGCCCCCCUCCGUGGUGCUCGCCUCGCCCUUCGUGCGCGAACCCCUCCAAGGCACCCCCGACCGCCCCACCCUGCUGCUCUUCGUUGUUAGGGGGACUAGGGGAAGCGGAGGGGGAGGGGCAGGGGCAGGGGCGAGGAUGGGCGCAGCAGGAAAAGCAAAGGGGGUGUGGAGUCUGGGGGCCGGGGUGGGUAUGAGAGCUGGGGAAGUGAUGGGAGCAGGCGAGUGGGUGGGGAGGCCUGGAGGCGACUGGGGUGCUGCACACAGGGACCCACGUGCUGCUUCGUCUCUGGCCGCGCGGCUUGUACCGAAUGAGCGUGUAUCGAGUAUAGGGGCGCGGUUCCUGCAGCUGUUCUCCUACCGGCAGCAGCAGGUGGGGUUCCGAAUCAUGCACGUGGGCACACCGGGCAGGGGGGCAGUGCAGGAGGGGCAAGGCGGGGACUGGGAUGAGGCAGGGGAAGCAGGAGAUGAGGGGGAGGAGGAGGGGCGGGAGAGAGAGGAGGGCGAGGUGACAGACGCCAUGCUGCGGGCGCAGUUCUGCUUUGCGCCCACGCCCCCCACGGGCUACAGUGACACCGUGGUGCGGGCAGUGCUCCUCGGGUGCAUCCCCGUGAUCGUCCAGCCCAACACUCAGCACCCAUUCGCUAGCGCCAGUGCUGCGGGCAUAGGCAUGGAUAAAACAGCAGGUGGUGGUGGCGGUGGUGCCAUCCAUUGGCCGUCCCUGGCGCUGUUCCUCGCCCCCCAGCAGCUGCCAGAGCUCCCGGAGAUCCUGCGAGGCAUCACCGCGGAGGAGGUGGCGGGGCGCCGCAGCGCCAUGAAGGCCGCGUGGCCGCACCUGCUCUGGGCCUCGCCAACCUACAGCCCCCUCUCGCCCUCCCCCUCCUCCUCCUCCUCCUCCUCCUCCUCCUCCUCCUCCUCCUCCUCCUCCUCCUCCUCCUCCACCUCCUCGUAUUCCUCCUCCGCCUCCUCCCCCCCCACGCCCUCCAGCCUGCUGUACCUGCAGAAGAAGCUGCGCCCGCUGCUCGCCUCCUCAGAUGCGUUUUCGUCCGUCAUGGCUGUUCUCGGGCGGCGGGUUCGGGCAGCUGAAGUUUCUGCUGUAAAGGGGAUGGUGACGCUGCCAGCGGCAGGGGGGAAGGUGGGACCCGGUGGGGGACCCAGCGUUGUGUUUUCCCGAGCAAGCAAGAUGGCGGGGGGUGGGGAAGCAGGGGGGUACAGGCAGGUGGGAGGGUGGGUGGGGCGAGGGGGGGGUGCGUGGGGGAAAGGGAAGGGGGCUGGGGGAAGGAGAUGGUACACGGUUGGGGGCGUGGUGGUGGAAGAGGAAGAGGGGGAGGGGGAGAGCAAGGGAGAGGAGGGUGGGGAGAGUGGGGUGGGCAGAAGAGGUGUCAACAGCAGCAGUGCAGGAAACUCCUCUUCCUUUUUGACUGCUGUUGUGGCUCGCGGUGGAGGGGUGAGAGACGCCCUGAUUGGCUGGAUGAAGGGAAGCAACAGCACAAAAGACACGACAGCCGGGCAAGCAGGGGUGGCAGGAGAGGAGGCGGGAGGGGAGGGAGAGGAAGGGCUGGAAGGGGACAAUGAGCCCAAGGUGAAGGAGGAAGAGGCGUGGGGUGACUUUCCAGGGAGGCGCGGGCCGUGGGUGGACGUGGGGAGGCUGUACGAGCAGAGGCAGGUGGCGCUGGUGCUGGAUGGGCGGGGCAAUGAGGUGGGGCCGGGGGAGACCAGUGUGCUGUCAUGGGCCAUCGAGCACAUAAGAGACGAGUGGCCCUACUGGGACCGCCAUGCUGGCGCCGACCACGUCUUCCUCGCCAAUGAUGACUGGGCGGCGUGUGAGGUCGGCGAAGCCGGGCGGCGAGACCCGAUGCUGGCGCGCAGUACAGUGCUGUCGCUGUGGGGGUACUCGGGGAACAUGCCGUUUGAUGCCGCCCUGCCUGGCUGCUUCAUUCCCGGGCAGGAUGUUGUUAUCCCGCCCGUUCUGCUGCCCGAGGUUUAUGAGGCGGCCAUGGGCGUUCAAGGAGAAAACGGGCAGACUGGUGGUCGGGAUAUUUUGUUUUUCUUCUGCGGGUUUGACGGGCGGGACGUGGAACCAGUGUUGGGCUUUAACUACUCGUUUGGGGUGCGCCAGGCCCUGUUUGACUGGUUUGACUCGCUUGACUCCGCUGCUGCUGUGCCCAAGGGGUUUGUCAUAGAGCGCACACUGGGGGAGGGGGAUUUUGGGGAGGGGCAAGGGGGAGUGGGAGGGGAGGUGGGGGAAGGAGGAGGGUACUUAGAGCGGAUGGCUCGGUCGGUGUUCUGUCUGGUGGCGGGGGGAUGGGGUGCUGAUGAGACGGCCACUCAGGCGGUGACACUUGGAUGCAUCCCAGUGAUAAUACAGCCCAAUGUGAGCAUGCCAUUUGAGGGUGAUGGUUUUUUGGACUGGGACGACUUCUCAGUGAGGCUGACUCCUGCAGACAUUCCCCACCUCCACGGCAUCCUCGCCAGCAUUCCUCCACAAGAGCUAGCUCUCAAGCAAGCUGCUCUGCGUAGAGUUUGGUCGUAUGAGCCUCGAGACGUGUAUAACUUGGAUGAGACCGGUUUAGUGCAAGGGCAGCAACCUAGGCGCACCUACGCCGCCGAGCCCGUGUCUGGCGGGAAGUUGGAUAAGGAGCGUUUUACACUCGCGCUAUGUGUAAACGCUGACGGGUCAGAUUUUAGAAUGCCAAUCGUCAUUGGCAAGUCGAUGCGACCGCGUUCGUUCAAGAGCGACUUCCACGUCCAAGACUAUGUAUGGUAUCGCGCCAACAAGAAGGCUUGGAUGACUAGCGAGAUUUUUACACAAUGGGUGGACGCGUUCGAGGGGGCGAUGAAGUGGCAAGAUCGGAAAGUUCUCUUGCUAGUAGACAACGCUUCCUCCCACAACAUUGUCAAUUUGGAGGAAGCGGUUGAAGGUCAUGUGCACGGGAUGCGGUAUGUCGAUGUGGGGAAUGUUCGAGUGCUUUACUUGCCUCCUAACUGCACCUCUCAUGUCCAACCACUCGAUCAAGGGCCAUUUAGGGACCCUUCUAGUGAUGACGUGACUUCAUUGGCUACUCUCAUUUCUAAAUUGAAGAUCGACGGGGAGCUCAUGACGGCUCGCCAAUUUAUCACGUGCGACGACACACUUCCUACCGAAGGGUCUUGGGAGGGCGAGCCGCGCCGAGAGCGCAUCGGCAAAUGGUUUUCAUACCCUCGUGGGUGUGGGGUUCCUUUCGACCUCAACGAUGCUCCCCAGCCUGAGCAACCCUCGAGCGAGUCCGUGCUUCAAUCGGCAUUGACGGCGCUUGAAGAAAUGAUGACGGACUCACGGAUGACGCGGAUUUUGGGGCCUUUGUUAGAGAACGAACCAGUGCGCUGCACGAGGGGCGUGAUUUCGGAGGAUCUGAUUCAGUGGGUGAGGGCUGCACGGGGAGAUACACGGUCGGUGGGUGAGGGCAUGGCGAGCGGAGGGGAGGUUGGGGUGGCGGUCGCAGAUCCGCGGAGCGGAGGCCGACAGGAGGACGACGAGCGUACGGAGCGACACGACGAGGCAUUCCAUGCUGACGUGGAGGAGGCGGAUGAUGACGGGGUGAUGGACCACUUGAGCGACCCAGGUGUUUAUUUCCAGCAGGAGACCGCGAACGACGUGGCGCUGUCGCAGGCCAUGCGAUGGUGCAAUCCGGACGAAGACGUUGCGAACAAGUCCAACUAUUCGCACACGACGCCGGUCAGCCCAAUCGCCGGAGAUCUCGAUGACUCUCCUGGAAAGGAUCGCGUGGACGCGGAGAUGGGGUGCGAGGAGGCGGAGAGGCGCGCGUCGCUAAGCGACGCGUCGGUGGAGAAUGUUGCGCUGUGGAGUCGCAGUCGCACGACGAUGGAGCACGACGACUACGAUCGCAUGUUCGACGCGCACGGCGGACUGCAGCCCGGUGGCGACCGCGGUAAGAUGCCCGCAGGCGGGGAUGGGGUAGACGAGGGGGGGGAGAGGGAAGAGAGGGGAAAGUUUGAGGAGGGUAGGGACGCAGACAGAUUCGUCGCGGAUGGCGACUAUUAUAACGAUGACGAUGACGAUAACCGUCACGCGAACGAUGACGUCAUGGGGUUCCAGUUCUGGCGCACGUCGCUUCCGCAGGACGGCAGCGCGGACGGGCAGCACGCGGACGACGCGGGGUCGCCGCACGUGGCGGAAUACGGUACGAUGUGGCACAACAUGACGGGGCACCUGGAGAACAUGAAGGACGAUUGGGCGGAGGCGCAGGCGGUGGCGGAAGGGGAGGCGGGGAGCGCGGGCGAGGCGGAAGCCGACGACGAUACGCGGAGCCAGGCGUCCGCGCAUUCGGACACGGCGCUGCUCCUGGAUCACCUGCAGCUGGGGGUGUCGGGGCCGCUGUCGGUGCUGCCGUGGGACGAGGAGGCGGAGGAGGAGGCGGCGCAGGAGGCUGCGCGGGAUGCGCGUGAGGAGAUUCGCGCGGCACGGGCGGAAAUGUAUUUUAGUCCGGAGGCGGAGGAAGCGGAGGCGCCAAUGGGGGGAGAGGAGCCGUUUUCCCUGGGCCCCUCCGCCGCCGAUGCUAGGGGCGCGGAUGGCCUUCCGCAGCGUGACGCUUCCGCCAUCCCCAACGCAGAUGACGUUGGCGCGGGGGAUUCCGCAGCCAGUGAGGGCGCAACCAGCGACCAGGCGGGGCGGACUGAGCCUCGCUCUGACAUGCUGCUUCCGCGCAUCCGCACCACGGGAGACCUCCUCCUUGCGUGUCCGCCCACAGGCGCAUCUUCCCCCGUCGGCGCAGCGGCUGCCGGCGCGGACGCGGUUGCGGCGGACGCGCAGUCCAUGCCGGAGCUAGGGGACGUGCAGCUCUCCGCAGUUGAAGGAAGCGCUGGCGCGGGGACCAUUGGCUCGGGGGAGGGCAUUGGCGGAGCGUCCGCGGGGAAAGCGGCAGGUGCGGCGGGAGGAGAGGCGAAGGAGGCGGGGAAGGCGGGGGAGAUGACAGCGCUGUGGCUGGCGGGCAUGCCGCGCGUGGAGGCGUGGGUGAACUGCCUCCCGCGCGGGCAGUGGGAGCCCUCCGAGAGCAUCGAGCACUGGAGCAGCAUCGGCAGCAGCAAGGGCGGCGGCGGCGGAAGCAGCAGCAGCGCGCAACUCCCGCCCCAUUCCCCCCCCGCGCCCCACCACCACCACCACCAUUCGUCCAGCGGCAUGAGCAAGCGCUCCAUGUCGCACGGCCACAUGCACGGGGGUGGCGCGGCGGCCGCGGGGAACCUGCAGGCCGCGGUGGCGGUGGGGGCGGCGGCGGCGGCGGAGCAUGCGGGGAGGGUGGUGCGCGGGCUGGACAAACACGCGGCGGCCGUGUACCUGUCCAUGCGCGGGUUGCUGGUGGUUCCACCGCUGGGGGCGUUCUCGUCGCUCAAGACGCUCGACCUGUCACGCAACAAUAUCACGUCUGUGGCAACGGGGGUGCUACCACGGUCGCUGCACAUCCUGGACCUGUCACACAACCGCCUGGCCGCUGUGGAGGGGCUCAGGGAGCUCACUCGCCUCAAGGUGCUCAACCUCUCCAACAACCGCCUUGCUCGCAUCGGCCACGGGCUGUCGGGGUGUGUGGCGUUGAGGGAGCUGUACCUAGCGGGCAACAGGGUGGGCGAGGUGGAGGGGCUGCACCGCCUGCUCAAGCUCACCGUGCUCGACCUGGGCGCCAACAAGGUCACCACCACCAAGGCCCUCGGCCAGCUCGCUGCCAACUACGCCUCGCUGCGUGCGCUCAACCUUGCGGGCAACCCCAUUCACGUGAACCUGGGGGACGAUGCCUUCAAGCGCUACCUCAUCGGCCUGCUGCCACAGCUGCUGUACCUGAACCAGCGCCCCAUCAAGACGCCCUCUUCUCGCGACGCCCUCUCCGACCCGCUCAAGGCGCGAGGAGCCGGUGCACCCCAGCUGCACCAUGGGCAUUCCUCGCGCUCCGCCUCGCGCACCGCUGGUGGCAGCACCUCACGGCACCGUACUGGCGGGAGCAGCAGCAGCGGGCUGAGGAAGGCUGCAACAGGGGGGACGAGUGGGUCGGGGAGUGGAGGGGGGUCCAAGGAUGGGCACCACAGGACGCACCAUGGGUCAAGCAGUGGGGCUCAUCAUUCGUCCCGCAGUCGCACAGCCAUGGGGGGGCAUUCGACCCAUCGGAGUAGGUCGGGUGUGGCUAGUGGGAGCACGCAAAUGGGUCCGUCCUCGUCGCAACGUGAUUCCACUUCAGAAGUCUCCAUAGUCGUUCCCCUGUUAACCAACGGAAAUGACAUCGUUAAAACCGCCGCAAACGGCGACGCAGAUCCCCGGCAGGACGGCUGUCUCCCGCUUCUAGAACCAUCGCUCAGCCGAGGCUCCUCGGGAAGCGACGAGGUGCUGCCGCUGGGCCCGUGCCGGCGGCCGUUACCGCGGUGGCAGGUGGUGGCGUACGGAACAGGGCACAUGCUGAACGACAUCACGGCCGCGUGCUGGUUCACCUACCUCCUCAUCUACCUCUCCGACAUCGGCCUCUCCCCGCAGUACGUCCCCUCGCCCUCUCCCCCACAAUGCGUCGUUGUUUCGUCAUUCAGCAUUGGUAUUUCAUUAGGGACGGUUAAGUCUGGGUCUGUCACGACAAUUGCUGACAGAAUUGGUAGCUCCCAUGUGGGAAAACAGCAUUCAGAAUCGCAGGCGGGCGUGGUGAUGCUGUCGGGCCAAUUCGCCGAUGCAUCUGCCACCCUCGUCGCUGGCGAGCUGAUCGACCGGUUUGGGCAUUACAAGCUGUGGCACUUUGGCGGGUCGGUGUGCACGGUGGUGUCCUUCUCCUCCGUCUUCGGCGGCUGCCUCGUGUGCCACCUGCUCGGCUCCAACUCCACGCUCGUUGAAACCGCCAGCUACAGCGUCUUUGCUGCCGUCUUCAACUGCGGCUGGGCCGCCACCCAGGUGUCUCACAUGGCGAUGGUGAACUGUCUGACGGCCAACCCCAGCAGCCGCGUGGCGAUGAACAGCUGUCGCAACGCCUUCACUAUGGUCGCCAACCUCGCCCUCUUCGCCAUCGCCCUCGCCGCCUUCUCCCUCUUCCCCGCCCACGACCCCGCCCAGGUGCAAGCGCAGUACCGGUGGAUCUCCUUCGUGGCGCUCACCUCAGGCGCCGCCUUCUUGCUCGUCUUCUACGCCGGGGUCCGCGAGCCCACUGUCUCCCGUGUGCCAGUGCGCCUGCCCUCCUCUCGCUCCUUCUGCACCGACCAAUCCGCCGACGACAGCACCGGCCAAUCAGAGCUGUGGGCAGCCAAGUCCGACCAAUCAGAGGCGGCAGGGGAGCAGGCAGUGCCAGCGUGGCUCUUCUGGUUCCGCCAGGUGGCAUACUUCCAGGUGGCAGCUGUCUAUAUGUUCGUGCGACUCAUUACCAACGUCUCCCAGGCCAUGCUACCCUUCUUCCUCAUAUUCGACCUGGGCCUGCACCCCUCCGCUAAAGCCACCAUCCCAGCACUCAUCUUCAUCUGCAGCUUCAUCACCUCUGUUGUGCUGCAGGAGCUGCACUGGGACAUGGGGCGGAUGAGGGUGGCGUUCAGCAUGGGAGCGGUGCUGUGGGUGGGGGCGAGUGCGGCGUUCCUCUAUGUGGACGCGGGGCCAUCCAUGGAGCUUGUAGUCUACGCCCUCGCGCUUGUUGUCGGCAUCUCCAACGCCCUCAUGCUCGUGACGGCAACGAGUCUGGAGGGGGUGUUGGUGGGGCAGCACGUGUCUGUGUGCGCCUUUGUGUACGGCUCGCUGUCCUUCCUCGACAAGUUCACCUGCGGCAUCGCCCUCGUCGCCAUCCAGGCCUUCAACUCAAAAGAAGAGUAUUGUGGUCCCACCAGCUCCACCUGCCCGCGCUCUAUUGUGCGCUGGGUCCUUUUUCUGCUGCCCCUCGUUUCAUCUAUCCUGGCGGGCGGCAUUGUGCUCACGACACACCUAGACGAAUCGUCAGAUGAAAUCACCCAACCAUCCCUCCCCUUGCACCAUCCGCUCCGCGAAUUCCUCCUACUGCUGUCGGAGGGGCGCACGGAAGUGGCGCGCGCUAAGGCGGCGGAGCAGAGCAAAGGGGGGUCGAAGGAGGGAACGGAGACAGGGGAGGGGCGAGGGAAGGCGAGGGAGGGGCGGGGUGCGGUGGUUGCUGCGAAGGGGAGAGAGAAGAAGAGCGGAGCGGGGAAGGUGGGGAUGUCAGGUGACGAGGGAGAGAAGGAGGCGGAAGAGGGCGAGGGUGGAGAUGAGGAGGAAGGGGAGGGGGAGCGGCGGGCAGGCGCGGGGGGCGAGGGGCCGGUGCGCGGGUUGAGCAAUCUGGGCAACACGUGCUUCUUCAACUCCGUCCUUCAGAACCUCGUCGCCAUCCCCGCGCUCCGCGACCACUUCCUGGCCAAUCCAGAGCUGCCACGUGUCGAGGCGCCUGCUCUGGCGGACACGGGGACAGAGAGGCGGGGCGAUGGCGGAGGGGGGAAUGAAGGUGCGGAUGCGGAUGGGGGGGAUAAGGAGGGGUUAGAGAGGAAGGUUGGCGGGGGGCGGAAGGGGGGAGGAGUGAAGGUGGGGGGAAAGAAGAGGAGUUUCAAGGGGCCCAUUAGUAUGGCCCUGCGACGUGUCUUUGAAGACUUGAACCCUGGCCUCGUGCCUGCUGCUGCUUCUGAUGCCACUGGUGCCAUUGAUACUGCUGCCACAGGCAGCCAAUCGGAGGAGAGCAUCUGCAGUCCGCGCGGCCACGUGGCAAGGGGUAAGGCGCUCCACUCGCGCAGAUCAACAGCCCGCGCGGGGGGAGGAGGAAAGCGGGGCGCGGGGGGAAAGCAUGGCAAGGGGGGCGGGGGGAAACGGGCGCAGCAGCACGAGGCGGAGGGCAGGGCGGGGAAGGCGCCGCCUUACAACCCGCGAGAGCUGUUUGGCGCGGUGUGCAGGUAUGCACCGCGGUUCAGAGGGUACGAGCAGCAGGACAGUCACGAGCUGCUGCGGUGCCUGCUGCAGCUGCUGCAGGAGGAGGAGGACGGCACUGCUGCUGCCGCCGCUGCUGCUGCCCGCAAGAAGAAACGCCAAGCUGCAAACGCGGCUCCCCCGCCCCCUCCCCCGCUUCCGCCCCCGCCCCCGCCUCGCGCUAAUGCCCCCCCUCGCGCACCUCCCCCUCCUCCCAACCCGCCUCCGCCCCCGCCCCCUCCUCCCCCCUCCGGCCCGCCGCCUCCCCUUCCUCCUCCCUCCGCCCCGCCGCCACCCCCUCCUCCCCCAUCUCUCCCUGCAGCGAACGUUGCAGGAGUGGCAGGGGGAAAAGAGAAGGGGGGGAAGACGGAGAGACAGGGCGGUUUGGGGGCAUUGGGGGACUUGAGUGCGGGGCUGGGAAUGGCGAUAGCGCGGCUGAGGCACGUGGAGGGGGGGGCUGCCGCGGACGAGGUGCAGCGACUGAGGGAGGAGAGGGGGGAGGAGGGGGGAGAGGGCAUGGGGCUGGGAUGGCUGGAAGGGGAGGGGAGCGGGGGGGAGGCGGACGGUGGGGGAGCGGGGUGGGGGGAAGAAGAGGCGGGUGAAGAGGAAAGCGAGGAGGAGGACGAGCAGGGGGCGGAGGCAGGGCGGGAGGGGGAAGGGAGGGGCGGAGGGGGAGAAGGGGAGAAUGGGAAGAGGUUGAGUGUGGUUGAGAGGCUGUUUGGCGGGGUGCUGAGCAGCACGGUGGUGUGCUGCGAGUGCGGGCACUCGUCCACUGUGGAGGCAACGCAAGCGGUUGUGAAGAAUGGUGAGGAAGCGGCAGGGGCUCGUGAUGUGGUGGGUGCCGUGUCAAAUGGUGUGGCUGAUGGUGUGGCAGGUGCUGUGUCAAGUGGUGUGGCUGGUGACGUGUCAAGUGGUGUGGCAGGUGGAGGUGUGGAAGAGGAACGGCAGGGAGCAGCAGUGGAAGGGGGAGAGGGGCUGGCACGGGAUGGUGGUGAGGCCAGUAGCAGUGAUGCUGCUGUCAAUGGGAGCGCCACUGACGGGAACACUGCUGAGGGGAUGGCUGCUGGGGAGACGGUUGCUGAGGGGAUGGCUGCUGGGGAGACGGUUGCUGAGGGGAUGGCUGCUGGGGAGACGGUUGGUGAGGGGAGAGAUGCCGGAGUGGAGGGCGGGACGGAGCAGAGGGUGGGAGAAGAGGAGAGGGAGAGUGGUGGGAGUGCGAGGCAAGGUGAGAGCAGUGCAGUCACCGGCGCCUGCAGCGUGCCUGGCCCCUCCAGCAGAGAGGGCGGCGCUGACAGCUGCUGUAGCAGCAGCGUUAGUGCCAUGGGGAGCAGCAGCAUGGGUGCGAGUGUGGCAAGCAGCAGCAGUGCAGCGGGUGCGCAGGAGGGUGGCGAUGUGAGCUUGAGCACGGAGAAAUGGCGGGGCCGGAGAGUGGGAUUCCUGUCAGAUCAGCCGGAGCAGCCACAGCCGCGGUCGCCGCAGGUGUUACAGAAGCAGGUGCAGCAGGCGAAGCAGCAGCAGGCAGCUGCGCGCAUGUCAGUGGAGGGGUGUCUGUGGGAGUUCAGUGCAGAGGAGGUGCUUCGAGGCGACGAUGCUUGGGGCUGUGAUGGGUGCACUGCCAUCAGACGGAAAGAGGUGAGGCGCAGGCGGAGGGAGGAGAGGAGAGGGAGGAAAGGGAGGAAGAGCGGAGAAGGUAGUGGGAGGGAGGAUGCAGAAGGGACGAGGAGAGAGGGGGCAGAGGGUGUGGGUGGGAGUGUGGGGGAGGUGCGAGGCGAGGCAGAUGGGGUAGUGGUGGCAUCAAAUAUGACUGCCAUAGAUAAAUUGGCCAAUCACGUGAGUGCAACAGACAACGCGAUUGCAACAAAUGAUGUGACUGCAGAAAACGCAGACCCAGCAGCAAGCAAUGCCCCUGCAGCAGACAAAGUGGCAGGAGCAGAUGGUUGUAACAGCACGGGCAACAUAAGUCAUGAGGAAUGCAGAGAUGUGGAGCAUGUGGCUCAUUCUUCUGCCGCUGCUGGCAGUGCUGCUGCUGAUGGUACUGCUGAUGGCGCUGGCGGUGGCAAAGGGGCGGGAGACCAACGAGGGGAGGAUGGGGAUGAGGCGGAGGAGGCAGAGGCAGAGGCAGAGUCAGAGUCAGAGGAGGAGGAGGAGGAGGAGGAGCAGGUGGGGCGGGUGCGCAGUGAGGCGAGGAAGCGGUACUGGGUGCAGAGGGCGCCGGCCGUGCUGGUGGUGCACCUCAAGCGCUUCCGCCACGACAAUCGAGGCAGGCUCUCCAAGAUCAGUGGCCACGUGUCGUUCGAGGAGUGGCUGGAGCUCAGCCCAUUCGCCGAAUCCCAGCCACUCACCCCAUCCGGGCACACCUCACCAUCACCAUCAGCAUUGUCCACUUCAGCACCCAGGCUGUCGCACAUACCGGAGUCACCUGUAGCCACGCAGACAGGUGGAGAGGCUCCAUUGGAUUGUGGUUUGGAGGAGCAGUCCCAGGCCCAGGCCGAGGCCCAGGGUGAGCCCCACCGAUACCGGCUGUGUGGGGUGGUGGAGCACAGUGGCACCAUGCAAGGCGGGCACUACGUGGCCUAUGUGCGGCGUGGCUGGCAGCAGCAGCACUGCCAGCAGCAGCAGCAGCAGCAGCAGCAGCAGCAGCAGCAGCAGCACGGGGCUGGAGCGGAUGUACAAAGCAGUGGGGAGGCAGAGGUGGGUGCAUGCAGUGGAGCGGAGCUGGUGCAAACAGGUGGGGCAGAGGGUAGCGGGGUCACAGGGGUCAUCAAUGGGGUUACUGCAGAGGGCAAUGGAGCGUUGGGGAAGGUGUGUGUGGAGCAGUCAAGCGAGUGUGGGGGAUGGGAGGGUGGACAGUGGUGGUACAUCAGUGACACGCACGCCCAGGCAACGACACUGGAGCGAGUGCUGCGCUGUGAAGCCUAUUUGCUCUUCUACCACCGUGUUGGGAGUUGA